AUGGCUUCCCAAUUGCUACCACUAGAACUCAUCGACAAGUGUGUCGGCUCAAGGAUGUGGGUUAUCAUGAAGGGAGACAAGGAGUUUAGCGGCACCCUCGUCGGGUUCGACGACUACGUCAACAUGGUGUUGGAGGAUGUGACGGAAUUUGACUACUCCGGAAACCACACCAAGCUGCCCAAGAUUCUGCUCAACGGUAACAAUAUCUGCAUGUUAAUUCCGGGGGGUGAAGGACCGGCUUGA